CGCAUUACUGCAGAAAACUCUUCUACUUGCUACGAUCUUCGCGGCCUGUGGAAGAGACUGAGGCAUUCGCAUUCUGAGUCAUAGAUAAUAGGUACACUUAAUAUUUAAGAUGUGUUUGACGGCCACUUGUUCUGACCAAUGUCUCUUCCUCGAAGUGUUCUACCGUCUACAUUGUUCUCAAAUUAAUCAAAUUCAUUUUAUUUAGCUCCAGAUCUUUUUUUAAUAGAAUUACAAAACAUUAAGCCGUUGGUGUGACACCUUCGCCUUUCCCAUUAGAAAAAUGAAAUGCAAUUGCAAUUUGCAAUAGAAGGUUAUGUUUACAAAUUAUCCCGGUGCGUUUUAAUAGACUUUGUGACUGUUACUGUAGGUAAAUGAAAAAGUGUUAAAGAUGAUUACCCAAGUAGUACUAAUAGUUACAGCCGUUAAGUUUAUGUUCAUACCAUUGUAUCAUUCAACAGACUUUGAAGUGCAUCGAAAUUGGUUGGCUAUCACGAAUAAUGUUUCCGUCGAAGAGUGGUAUUACGAAUCGACAUCAGAGUGGACACUGGACUACCCUCCACUCUUUGCCUGGCUAGAAUAUGGCUUGUCUAUUGUAGCAAAAUAUUUUGAUCCCAAAAUGAUAAAAAUAGAAAAUCUAAAUUAUAAAUCUGAUAUGGCCGUGCUGUUCCAAAGAUUAUCUGUGAUUUUUUUAGACUUUGUUUACAUUUUUAGUGUUAAAAGUUGCUCAAAUCUAGUCAGCAAUGGAAAGCUAUUAGUUUUUAUUUUAUUAGUGUCCAACCCUGGCUUGCUGAUGGUUGAUCAUAUACACUUUCAAUAUAAUGGAUUUUUAUAUGGUUUUCUUCUGUUUUCUAUAUCAAACAUGAUAAGGUGUAAUCAUCUACAAGCUGCAUUCUGGUUUGCCAUGUUACUUAAUUUUAAACAUAUAUUUUUAUAUAUUGCCCCAGUGUAUGUGGUAUAUUUGUUAAGAGCAUACUGUUUCACUCUUUCAUCAAUAGACGGAGUUCACACAGCUUGGUAUUCCUUUUCAAUAACAAAUUUUAUUAAACUGGCAUUUGUUGUUGUAUCAGUAUUUACUUUAUCGUUUGGACCAUUUUUAGACCAUUUGAAUCAGAUUUUAGUCAGAUUAUUUCCAUUUAAAAGAGGACUUUGCCACGCAUAUUGGGCUCCCAAUUUCUGGGCUCUGUACAAUUUAGGUGAUAAAUUAUUAGUAUUUUUAUUAACAAAAUAUGGAAUUAACAUACCGAAAUCGGAAGCAUCGAUGACAGGAGGGCUAGUGCAAGAAUACGACCAUUCAGUUUUACCAUCAAUUACGCCGAGUUUCACUUUUAUAAUGACGUGUUUGUCUAUGAUGCCCGCAUUGUACAAGAUGUGGUGUCUUUGUGCGGACAGAAGAUACAGACCUAUUUGUUUUAUAAGAUGUAUUGUCGUCUGUGCGACUUGUUCGUUUAUGCUGGGUUGGCAUGUUCACGAGAAAGCAAUUUUGAUGAUUAUAAUACCGUUGAGUUUCCUGUCGGUUCUUGGCGACGUGGACGGAAGAUUAUUCAUUUUACUCUCAACCGUGGGUCACUAUUCACUUUUUCCGCUUCUGUACCCGAAAAAUUUGUUGUCAAUAAAAAUAUUUCUUCUAUUGACACACGUGGCGAUUGUUUUUGGUAACGUUCCAGCUUUGUAUACAGUUGAAACGAAAGCUACUAAGAAGCGGAGACGUCGUUUCAUGAGACUGCCGAUGAUUGGACCGUUUGAAUCUAUUUACAUAUACGGUCUUAUUUUAUUGUGCGUUUACGAAAAUAUGUUACAUGUUGCAUGGGGCUUAGACAAAACGCUGCCAUUCUUACCACUAAUGAUGACGUCCACGUAUUGUGCGCUGGGCGUUUUUUAUUUUUGGAUCAAAUACUACCAUUACUUUUUAACUUUUAACGUAAGUAAAGUUCCGACGUUCGGCCAAGGCACUUCGUCAUACAAUAUAAGGAAAAGCAAAUAAUUAUUUUAUUAACUUUGAAUACGGAAAAAAGAUCGAGAGA